UUUUACGUCAUUUCCUGUAGGAAGAAUAAAUCGGUCAAGUCUGCACUGUUGAACGUUUUUCCUACAUUUUCUGUCUAUUUAUGGAUAAAGACGACUUAUAAUAAGACAGUUAAAAGGCUAUAUAGUCCUUUUAAGCUUACAUUCUUCCAACCCAAUCUGUGAUAGUCUGGAAGUGAUUUGCUAGGUGCUAACAGUCCAGGAUGCCAUUCACUGUAUUUGGGAAAUCCCAGAAGUCUCCUCAAGAGCUCGUACGAUCGCUUCGAGAUGCUCUCUCCGCCCUGAAAAAGGAGACUGGGGAGAAGAAACUGGAUAAGGCCAGUGAUGAUGUGUCCAAGAACCUUGCCCAGAUCAAGACAGUUUUGUAUGGUACUGAGAGUCAGGAGCCGCAGUCCGACCAGGUCGCGCAGCUCGCUCAUGAGAUGUAUGACAACAACAUGCUCUACAUGCUUGUACAGAACCUUGCCAAGAUUGACUUUGAGGGAAGGAAGGAUGUAGCGCAGAUCUUUAACAACCUGCUGAGAAGGCAGAUUGGUACUCGUGCACCGACAGUGGAGUACCUGGUCUCCAAGAAGGAGAUCGUUCUGGAACUCAUGAAGGGGUAUGAGAGCCAGGAGAUCGCCCUCAACUGUGGCAUGAUGCUUCGUGAAUGUUGCCGUUACGAGCAACUCGCAAAGAUCAUGUUGCAUGAUGAACAGUUUUUCAACUUCUUCACAUACGUCGAGGUCUCCACAUUUGAUGUGGCUUCAGAUGCUUUCUCCACUUUCAAAGAGUUGCUUACCAAGCACAAGAUGUUGGCAGCCACUUUCUUGGAACAGAACUACGACAGAGUGUUCGAGCCAUAUCAGCAUCUCCUUAACUCUGAGAACUACGUCACACGGAGACAAGCUCUUAAGCUACUUGGAGAGUUGUUACUAGACCGUCACAACUUCACGAUCAUGACCCGCUACAUUAGCAACCCGGAUAACCUCAAGAUGAUGAUGAACAUGCUUCGAGAAAAGAGUCGUAACAUACAGUUUGAGGCCUUCCAUGUCUUCAAGGUGUUUGUUGCCAACCCAAACAAGCCUAAGCCUAUCCUGGACAUUCUGCUUCGAAACAAGGACAAGCUUGUUGAUUUCCUCACCAAAUUUCACACUGAUCGAUCAGACGAUGAACAAUUCAAUGACGAAAAAGCAUAUCUUAUAAAGCAAAUCAAGGAAUUAAAAUCGACCGAUGAGACGUAACAACGAAUGAAGCAUAGACGAUUUAUAUGUGAACUUUUCUCGGACUUAAUUCUUCAUCAUAGAAUAACAUUGUGAUAACGUCAAGACUGCACGGAGUGAUUGUUGCAAGCUGAUUGUGUUCCUUUGCUCCCAAACUCGGCUGUUUUUGUUUUGUUCGGGAUUUAAUCGAUUUGUACAUUUCUUAUGGUACUUCCAAUAUGUAGCGCUUACUUAAAUAUUUCAUGAGCAUCAGACAACAGUGAAUUAAGUAAAGCUUACUAAACAUUAAAAUAAGAAUUAUAAUUUAUGGAUAUAUAAUAUUAUAGUUCCUACACAAAUUUUAGUGCAAAACAGCUAAUUUAAUAUGAAAUACAUCUAAGCUGCAUCAAGCAAUUUUCUGGUUGUUUGAUACCAGCGAUAUAAUUUUUUUAUGAUACAGAAUGAAAUAUUUUAGUUGAAAUUCUAGUAAUUUUGACUAUUGGUACUCUGCCAAAUAUCACAAAUUAUGUUUUAUCAUUUCGGGCCCAAUUUCUUGAAAUAUCUUGAAUCCCUAGUGACAGGACCGGCUUAGGCUCGCUAUUUAAGUUAAGGCGUAAAAAAAUAAGUUUUUCUGAUUUCCCGGCCUACAAUUUUUAUUGCCUGAAGAAAUAUUUGUUAUCAUUUGUUUGUUUUUAUUUCUUUUAAAAGAUGAAGUGUUUUAAGCUUUAAACAAUACUAGUAAUGUUAAUAACGAAUUGAUUAGAUGUUCUUAAUAAGCAUAUAAUUUAUUGUUUUGGGUAUUAAACUGAAAAAUCUCAAGAAACAAUUUGCCUAAAAAAAUAAAUCUGACUUACCUACCCUAUUCUUUGGAGGACAUGAAACCUGAAACAAGCAUAUAUAUACUUUUUUACGGCUUAUUUUUUAUAUUCUCCUUUUGAAGAGUUUUGAAACCGUUUAAGGAAAUUAUUUGAAAUAUAAUCAUAAUAAACUAUGUCAGUGUUUCUGUAGUUUUUCAUAUAAAUAUUGGUUUAUAAAUUCAAAUUCUAGCAAGAAAGUUGGCUUAAAUGAAAAAUCAAACGUAAACUCUGUUAAGCUCAAGAUAUUUCGAGAAAUUUGGGCUUGGACAAGUCCCUGAAAUUAUGCAUACAUUUAUUAUCUAGCAUACAUGUAUAUAUUUAAUUGGUCACACAGACAUGUAUAGAACACGGUUCAAUGAUUAUUAAUAUUAUCAUGGUUUAAAGUUUAUUAUUAUUUUAUACCCAGAUUUGUGUUUGUAAUUUGUUAAGACUAGCAUUUUGCCUUUAUGUACAAAAUAAUUGUUAAUGUAAUGACUAUUGAAGGUAUUCGAUCUAAUCCUUGCUCGUCUGGUUCCCCCAUCAUAUAAAGGUCUCAUAUCAAAAUCAUUCUGCAUGUUAAGGUGGUGUAUAAAAUAUGAUUAAAAUAUUACAAACUGGAUUUUUUCUCACUAAAAGAUAUAAAAAUGGACUGAUUACAAUAAAAAUAUAGAGCGGAAGUAUAAACAUAGACAUGUCAACCUUGUUUUAUCUUCAUGGUAAAAGUUUUGCUUGUUGCGAUGUCAUACGUGAGACUUUUAACAAAUACCAAGGGGUUCUGAUUUACAGCAAAGCAACCACAUGUUGCUCAUUUAUCAUUUCUUUGGCUACAGCAUUUGAUUAUUGCUUGACAAAUAAUUAAAAUCAUUUUUAUUCCGAAAUAAUGUGUGUUAUUUGUAAUGAAAAUAAUGCCAUUUAAUUCACAAAUUCCCAAUCAGCAAUCAGUUUUUUUCAAAUGAUAGCAUUAUAACAUAAGGAAAAACAGACACAUCAAAAAUUAACAUUACUAUCAAUACUAUGUAAAGCUUGUGUAAAUUUGAUCAGAAUGGCUUGACCGAUUAUUUUUGAUGGUCGAUUAUAACUUUGGACCAAUUUUUAAUCUCUAAUUUAGAUAUAAAAUAACUAUGGGUGAACCCAAUUCCCAUGUAUAUUGUAGAAUCUCCUUCAUAGAUACACAUGACAGUGUGUCUGUCAUGUAUUUUUAUUUUUGCGUUACUUUGACCUGUUGGCCUGAAUUUUUGUUGUUUUAAAAAAAAAAAAUCAUCACCACUUUCUUCUCAAUAAUGCCGCAAAUCAGUUUAAUAAAGAUAAUUUUCAUAACUUUUUAGUACAUUUCAACAUCUCAAUGAUGAUUAUUCAUAUAUUUAUGUUCAUAUAUAUAAAUACCUUACUUUAAACUGUUCAUUUUUCGUGCAGACAAUAUUUUAUCUAAAUAACAAAAAAAAAAGAAGCUCUUGCCUUAUAGACAAAAACUAUUUUUAUCCACUAAUCAAUUAUGAAAAUUUGCUUUUUUCAUGUUAAAAAAUUAAGUUAAAGUAUGUAUGCAUUCAUUAUGGGAUAUCAACGAUCGAUCCAUUUCUUUAAUGAAAGUGUCAGAAGUUGGUGUCUUACGAUGGUAUACAUAGAGAGGAUAAUAGUUUAUUUUUUUUAAUUUUAGACAUUGAAAUUAUGUUCAAAUCUUCAACUCCCAAAUUCAUUUCCUCCCAUUUAAAACAACUUUUCUGACUAAAAGCAUGAUGUUAAAUUGAUUGUUAAAAAAAACAGGUCAUAACUAGUCAUUGCGAUUUUUUUGUUAUUUAUUCUUAAAUAUUUCUUGGCAACUGUAUGAAAAAUUAACCUAUUUUCUUAUUGAAGUGAAGAAUAAUGUAUAUAAUUGGAACAAUUUAAUGUAAUGACAUUGAUAUAUAAAUGAACAAACAAACCGGUUAUAUUUUUGAAACACAUGUAGUUUCAUGUCUAUGUUUUGGCUGCAAGUGAUAUAUUUUAAUUUGUUAAUUGAGUUACUUGUGUUAUAUUUAAUCGCAUAAUAUCUUUGUUCUAUUUUCCCUACCUUACUGACAAAUGAUGAGCACCAAGAUUAUGUCAGUGUGAGAGGAUUCUGUCCAUUCAGCCUUGUUCUUUAUUUUUUAGGACUUGAUAUUUUUAGUUUGUCUGGUUUAUUGAAGAAAUAACAUUUAAGUAAGUGAUACCAUUGGUUUAUAGGACUGAUUAGCCGGAAUAGGUCAGCAUUGGCAGUGUUAUGCAAAAAACUCAAACUUUGGCUAUAAUUCAAAAGCUGUUCUAAGAUAUUUUAAUGAAACUUGGUAAACAUGUUACCAGAGAAAAUACGAACACUCUUAAGCAAGUUCCAUAACUCUGACUUCAAUUUUUGAGUUAUAUCCCUUGUUGGACUAAUUUUAACUUAAAACAGACGGGCAUUGGAACUCAUUCUGUAGGCCUCUUGUUUCUUUUUUGUUCUAGAAGAUGUAUACCAAAGAAAAUGAAACUUACGGGAUCUUAUCAAGGGUUUUAUUUUUGUUCGUGUAAGGUUCUGAAAAAACUGCCUUAUUGCUUAAAAAAACGUCCAUUGUAAGUAAUGCUCUGUUGUAGAAGUGCAUAUAGUUUGUUUCAUAAUGAUCAAAGUAGUUUAGCUGAAACAACUGUAAAAACGUUGUACAUUUUUGUGUAGCCGAGAUCUAACAUUGUUCUGUAUAAUAUUAUUACAAGUUGAUAAAGGUUGUUUUGUAUUUUUUUUAUACUAGCUGAUGUACCCAUUAAAUGUUUUAGAUGUACAGUUAUGGGAAUUUUGAAUGCCUAGUGACACAAUAUUAUUAUUUUUGAAUCAUUUGAAAAUGUUUUAUGAGAAGAGAAAAAAAUUAUAUAGCUAAAUAUUAUAAACACACUCUUUUGGACUUAAUUGCCGAAGCGGUUAUCUUUCAAGCCAGAUUUUAGUUUAAAUAAAUAACAAACAUUUAAACUGUACUAACUUAAUGUUUAAUGUAUUUUCAUUAAUUCAUUCAAUCAAUACCAAGAUUAUGAUAUGGGGUCACCAAGUAUUUAAUUUAACAUGGUCGCCAAUGGCAAUAUUGAUUUAAAAUGCCAUUCUUAUAUGUACAUGAAAUACCUUAAUAAUUACAGUUCAUGGUAAUGUGGUAUAUUAUUCUGCAAAAGACCUGACACAUUUUGGCAUUUGGUCCAUUUCGUGGUCAAAGUUAGCACACAGCCUUCAAGCCGCACAGGACAAACGCUUUCUGGGCUUACUCAAAUUUUGAGUUUAAUAUCACACAGCUUGUUCAAACCAUAGAUGGGAAGCUCUAUUGUUAAAAGUCGGACCCGUUUAUCCAAAGAUCUUAUUGCGCUUUAUGCUUUAUAAGCGUCAAGUUGCAGCUACUCAAAUAUUACUACAGUUAAUAUUAAAGUAGAUUAUCCAAACCAGCAAUGCAUUCAUUCAGUAGGGCGAGCUUUUACCUAAUGUAAGCAAAUCGUCUUGUUUUGUAUCCCUUUUGCAACACAGUGCAUACACUGCAAGCGGGGAACCAAACAGCAAACGCGUUGAACGCAUGGCUGGUUAGGAGUGUCAUUGCCUGUUCAAUAAAAUACUAGAAAAAACAUCAGGUGAGAAGAAAAUUUAAUACUGAUGAUAUUCAAAUGAAGUUUAUUGUCUUGCAAUUAUAACUGUAACAAUAAUCCUGCCAUACUUAAGUUUAUAAAUGAGUAAUAGUAGUGGUUUCUGUUCCAUGUAUAAAGAAUACCCCUCUGUUUGUGCUAAUUUGUUUGUGAUUGUGUUAUGAAAGUGCUAUAUAUUUCUGUACAUACGUAACUGCCACAUUAUUAUUGUAUUCAAAGAUUAAAUUUAUAUGUACAAAAUACUUACCGUAAUUACUGUAAAGUAAUUCUGACAAUAUAAUAAUACUUAUAUUGAAUAAAAUCUGAGUUGCAUUCUUCAUUGAAUACAAAUUGGAGAGUGCAACACACCGUGAACAACUAA